AUGCGUACUCAGUCGGUUCUGUCGAUUAUCGUGGCCGCGGCCAUCGGUCGCGUUGCCGCUCAGGAGGAACCCGUCACUGGUGAGCUUGGUGACGCCCCCAUCGUUGAGGGCAACCCGCCCGGUGUCGUCUACGAGGCCGUCCUUCCCGAGGACCCCUUCUUCGCCGGCGUCGACAUUGAGGGCAACGUCAAGGGCUCCAUCACGGCCAUCUCAGCUCCCGACGGCGUUGGUGUCGAAUUCAAGGUCACUUUCUCGAACCUGCCCAAGGAGGGUGGCCCCUUUGCCUACCACAUCCACGACUCUCCGGCCACCGACGGCAACUGCACCUCGACUCGCGCUCAUCUUGACCCCUACAAGCGCGGCCAGGCCAUCCCCUGCAACCCCGAGGCCCCCGAGACCUGCGAGGUCGGCGAUCUUUCCGGAAAACACGGCUUCGUUGAGUCAUCCGACGACCCUUUCGAGGCCACCUACGUCGACCCUUACUCGUCUCUCAUCGAGGGCCAGGGCUCCUUCUUCGGCAACCGCAGCUUCGUCCUUCACUUCAGCAGCAACCUCACGCGCAUCACGUGCGCCAACUUUGAGCUCAAGGCUGGAGGAUCUCUGCCGCAGCCCCCCAAGCCCGGACACGGCGACAACUGCACUUCGAGCCGCGUCCCCGGCGUCCCGGCCCCCACGGGUGUCGUGCCCGAGCCGACCGAAAGCGAGAGCCUCGUUCCCGUGCCUACUGCUGCCGCCAUCAUGAGCACCGUCCCCAUCGGCCUUCUUGGCUUGGGUGUCAUGGCUGCCGUGUUUGGCCUGUAA